AUUAAGAUUUUAUUUGCAUAGCCAUGUAUUACCCUUAUUACAAUAUUUAAAUAUUUCUUCAAAUUCUUUCUCAACGUCUUAAUUACCCUCUUCACAAACAAAAUGCCAAUUAUCUGUUUUUCUUGUCCAUGCUUGUGAUCCUUAUGGGAUAGCUAGGAGAAGACUGCCUGUGAAUUCAUCCCACGACUGUACAAAUAAAUGCACGAAACCCACUAAGCAGUCUUGCACAAAAGAGUUCAGCUUCCAUGUUAUUGAUUUUUUUUGCUUUCCACUUUUCCCUUCAACCCUGCGACUGUAAAGUAUAUGUUUGUUACAAAUUCUCAAAGAGGGUUAAUUACUGGACAGCAAUGUGAAGAGGAAGGGGAGAGGGCGAGGAACCAAUGCUCUCUAGAACAUCUUUUUUUUUCACCAAAUUCUUUCUGAAAUUUAUCAUCUGAUUUGCACAUCUGGUGUAUCUCACAAGCUGAGGCAAUAUUUACUUAUGCUGUGAAGAUUAGAAAGUUUUCAUGUUGAUGUGGAAAACACUAUGUUAGGUACUGCAAUAAAGACGGAUCACUAUAAUUCGAGGAUCACUGCUUGAUUUCAAAUGCCUUUUCAUGUCUUGAACUUCCCCCCGGAAUGAUUGAAUGGCAUGGAGAGAUCCGUCUACAACCAUAGCUAUCAAAGUGUUUUUGGCAACUCCAUUGGGAGAAUAGAACAGCAGGAACCAGCUUUCCUAAAGGGGGACCAGCAUAAUGUUCCCAAGCUGCAGACGUACCACCAGGAAGCCUACUACCUGUAUUUUGUGGCUGUCCUGGGACUCCUUCUAAAUAUUCUUGUGGCAAUUUUCAUUUUCAUCCGAAGGUCAAUGAGGAAGCUGACCAGUGCAUUUCUAGUUCACGCUUGUUUCUUGGACAGUCUAAAGGCUGCUUACUGCAUUCCAAUUGCAAACAAUCUGAUCACACAAAUCAAACCAUCGGACUGUGAUUUCUUUGGAGCUACUUAUGUGCUUAUCAUUACAGCUUCUAUAUUCAAUAUGGUGGCCAUGGUUUGCACUGAAGCCUACACUUUUGGAGAAGUGAAUAUUGGUGGGGAUUCCCAUGGUUCUCUGUGCUGUGUUAUUUUUGGCAUCAUCCUUGUUUAUAUUGCCAGUACUAUUUUACAUCUAGGACCUACCCUAAUAGGAGGAUAUUUUGAUUUCCAUCCCCAAAUUGGGAGCUGUUCCUUUGUGUUAGGUAAGCAGACGGGCUACGUGGCCCAUGUUAUGUGGAUUAUCAUCAUUACGCUGGCAGUAUUGUUUGUAAUCCACUUUAUCUGCAAACUUUACAAAGAGAUUCAAAUGAAUCAUCCUAAUCGUGUCUCCAUGUUGGUCCGGUCAUCCAUUACAAUCACAGACAAUCCACUCAAUUCCACAUGCAACAUCCGCAACAUGAUUAAAGACUCCAGUCAGCGUGCUAAAAUGUUUGUGCUCAGCACAAUCGCAUUUGUUCUUUGUUGGUACCCGCUAUUUUUGCUCAUACUUGUUGACUCAGAAUUCAAACAACGACCAAAGAUGUACCAGGCCUUCAGCUUCAUUGCCUGGACUCAAGGCACAAUCCAGCCCAUACUUUACAUUUGCUUUGAUAGACACAUUGACAUUUUGGCAAAAUACAUCUACUGUGAUCGUUAUCGACAACAAAAUCUGGCUGCCUUAGCUGACUGGUUAACAACACAAGCCGCAAUCAACCACGAAGAUCGCCAUGACGAAGAGGUGGAAGAUGAAAAUCAAACUGAAUUCAUCCCAGGUCAAGGUCAAUCUGGUAUUGAGGACACCAAUAGUAUCAACAUGGAUGACUGUAUAAGUGCUCUCAGUUCUCGUAGCACUUAUAGAUCUCGACCGAGCCAUGAGGCCACCCCUGAGUCAAACUCGGACAACACUUCCAGCUUGCUUAUGAGCCGAGCUGAGCCCCACACUUCCAGUAACCCGCAAAUCCGUGGGGACUUUCGUAUAUCAUGUUGAGUUUGUUUUACAGUAUAGAGAAUGAUCACUGUUGGUCUAUAGGUCUAUUCACAUUCUAUGACAUGUAUAUUUAUUUAGAUAAUAAAUCUAUUCACAGGU